AUGAAAACUAACAUUAUUUAUACAUUAUUGGCUCUUAUAUGUGAUUGGGGUAUUAUUAUCACACUUGCUAAAUUCUCAUGGAUAGCUUUUCUUCAAUAUGGUAUUACUAUUUAUACUAUGUUUGCUUACAUUAUAAUAUGUUUUAUUAUUGCAUCUAGACAAAGAGGAUUAGAAUGUUUAGUACAUGAAGCAACACAUAUAAAUCUAACUCGAAACAUAUUGACAAAUGAUAUAUUAGGAUGGGUAUUCGCUGCUUUACCACUUGGUCAUAAUCUUAUUACUGAACGACAAUCACAUAUAAUUGGACAUCAUAAACAUUUUUGGGAACAAGGAUUAGAUUCUGAUUUUCAACGUUAUCAAGAUAUUGGACUUGAUCAAUUGUCGGCUAAAUCAUUUCAACAAUUGAUGCAUAUUUUAAUUAGAAGUUUUGUUCCAUAUGUUAAUUCUGUAAUUCCAGCAUUUUUCAUACCCAAAAAUGAAAAGUUAAGUCAUUUCAUCUUACGUUUUAGUUUCUGGUGUAGUAUUAUACUAAUAUUUGCUUUAUACAAUUUAUUGACUCCUCUCAUUAUCUAUUGGUUUAUUCCAUUUUUAACAUUUUUAACAGUUAUUCGUUAUAUUGGUGAAAUAUCUGAACAUGCUGCUCUUGGUUGUACAAAUCCAUUUCAAUCAACAAGAAACAAUUUAGGAUGGUUCAAUGAGUACUUUAUUCAUCCACAUGGAGAUGGUUAUCAUAUAAUACAUCAUUUGUAUGCAAAGAUUCCAUUUUAUCAAUUGGCUAAUGCCCAUCGUAUAUUAAUGAAAGAUUCAAUAUAUGCAGAACAAGGUCAUCACUGUAAUGCUUUUAUUUUAACAGAUAACAAGAUAAAUACGACAUUCACUUCACUCUCACAAGGUGCAAGCCAAAAUAUAGAUCUCAUGAAUAAAGAGUCUUUGUGA